CCGAGCGCUUCGUGUCUGUACGGAGCUAGGAGGGAGCGCGGGAGCGGCGGCGGACGGACGGACGGGUCCAAGAUGGCGGCCUUCUCCGAGAUGGGUGUUAUGCCAGAAAUUGCACAAGCUGUGGAAGAGAUGGAUUGGCUGCUCCCAACUGAUAUCCAGGCUGAAUCUAUCCCAUUGAUCCUUGGAGGAGGAGAUGUCCUUAUGGCUGCUGAAACAGGAAGCGGAAAAACUGGUGCUUUCAGUAUUCCAGUCAUUCAGAUAGUUUACGAAACCCUGAAAGACCAACAGGAAGGCAAAAAAGGAAAAACAACAAUCAAAACUGGUGCUUCAGUGCUCAACAAAUGGCAAAUGAAUCCAUAUGAUAGAGGAUCUGCUUUUGCAAUUGGUUUCAGACGGUCUUUGUUGUCAGAGCGAGAAGUAAAGGAAUGGCACGGAUGCAGAGCUACUAAAGGAUUAACAAAAGGAAAACACUACUAUGAAGUCUCCUGUCACGAUCAAGGGUUAUGCCGAGUGGGCUGGUCUUCCAUGCAGGCUUCCUUAGACCUCGGUACUGACAUGUUUGGAUUUGGCUUUGGUGGAACAGGAAAAAAAUCCCAUAAUAAACAGUUUGAUAAUUAUGGAGAGGAAUUCACUAUGCAUGAUACCAUUGGAUGUUACCUAGAUAUAGAUAAAGGCCAAGUCAAGUUCUCCAAAAAUGGAAAAGACCUUGGUCUGGCCUUUGAAAUACCUCCGCAUUUGAAGAACCAAGCCCUUUUUCCUGCCUGUGUUUUGAAGAAUGCUGAACUGAAAUUUAAUUUUGGUGAAGAAGAAUUUAAGUUUCCACCGAAGGACGGUUUUGUUGGUCUUUCCAAGGCACCUGAUAGUUUCGUUGUCAAAUCACAACAUACAGGUAGCGCACAGGUGGCACAAACCAAAUUUCUUCCCAAUGCACCAAAAGCGCUCAUUGUGGAGCCUUCUCGAGAGUUAGCUGAGCAAACGUUGAAUAAUGUCAAGCAGUUUAAGAAAUAUAUCGAUAAUCCAAAGUUAAGGGAGUUGCUAAUAAUUGGAGGUGUGGCAGCACGUGAGCAGCUCUCUGUCUUGGAAAAUGGGGUAGAUAUAGUAGUUGGCACACCAGGAAGACUAGAUGACUUGGUGUCGACUGGAAAACUGAACUUAUCUCAAGUUAGAUUCCUCGUCCUGGAUGAAGCUGAUGGCCUUCUUUCCCAGGGUUACUCUGAUUUUAUUAACAGGAUGCACAACCAGAUCCCUCAGAUCACUUCAGAUGGGAAAAGGCUUCAGGUGAUUGUUUGCUCUGCUACUUUGCAUUCUUUUGAUGUGAAGAAGCUGUCAGAGAAGAUAAUGCAUUUUCCCACGUGGGUUGACUUAAAAGGAGAAGAUUCUGUCCCGGAUACUGUACACCAUGUUGUUGUCCCUGUGAACCCCAAAACUGACCGGCAUUGGGAAACACUUGGGAAAAACCACAUUAGAACUGAUGAAGUACAUGCAAAAGAUAAUACAAGACCUGGUGCUAACAGUCCAGAGAUGUGGUCUGAAGCUAUUAAAAUCCUGAAGGGGGAGUAUGCUGUUCGGGCAAUCAAGGAACACAAGAUGGAUCAAGCAAUUAUUUUUUGUAGAACCAAAAUUGACUGUGAUAACUUGGAGCAGUAUUUUAUGCAACAAGGAGGAGGACCUGAUAGAAAAGGGCACCAGUUCUCAUGUGUUUGUCUCCAUGGUGACAGAAAGCCCCAAGAGAGAAAGCAAAACUUGGAAAGAUUUAAGAAAGGAGAUGUGAGGUUCUUGAUUUGUACAGAUGUAGCUGCCAGAGGAAUUGAUAUCCAUGGUGUUCCUUAUGUUAUAAAUGUCACCUUGCCUGAUGAAAAGCAAAACUAUGUACACAGAAUUGGCAGAGUAGGAAGAGCAGAAAGGAUGGGUCUGGCCAUUUCCCUGGUGGCAACAGAAAAAGAGAAGGUCUGGUACCAUGUAUGUAGCAACCGUGGAAAAGGGUGUUAUAACACAAGACUCAAGGAAGAAGGUGGUUGUACCAUUUGGUACAAUGAGAUGCAGUUGCUAUCUGAGAUUGAAGAACACCUGAACUGUACCAUUUCUCAGGUAGAACCAGAUAUAAAGGUUCCAGUCGAUGAAUUUGAUGGGAAAGUUACCUAUGGCCAGAAAAGGGCUAUUGGUGGUGGAAACUAUAAGGCAUGUGAUAUCUUGGCACCCACCGUUCAGGAGCUGGCUGCCCUUGAAAAGGAGGCACAGACAUCGUUCCUGCAUCUUGGCUACCUUCCUAACCAGCUGUUCAGAACCUUUUGAUUUGCGCGUACACUGAAUAAGAUUUGAAUAAUAAAGGUCUGUAGUCUUAAAAACUCUAAAACAGUUGUACUGCUUCCAAGCAGCAGUAUUUAUAGUAACCAGCCUAUUAAAGCUAACUCUUGCAUGUCAGGAAACAUCGGUCUUAGGAAUUCUUCAUAAAAUGGCAGCCUAAUGAAAAGAAUAAAUUCGAUGACUGUAA